AAAGCUACAAGCCAAACACUUCUCGCUUUCUUCUGCUUGACCAUCUCUGCGACCAGAACUGUCACUGCUUUUGCCUCGACUUCUUGGUUUCUUGCCGGUCUAUGCCACCGGACGUUCUUCUGCUGAACAAAGCGUCUACUGCCUUCAGAGCCUUUCCCCCCAUUAUUAGUGGGAGUCACCACACACUCUCGUGCUGCCCACCCCCGAAUCUCCGUGUCACAGCCCACGCCACCGCAGCCUGCUGCUUAUGUGAAGGCACAGAAGCUGCUUCAGCCUUACUCUGUCUUACUUGAACCCUGGAUUUAUAAAACCAGGCCGACCCUCAGCUCGACUUCUCUUUUUUCCCCUCCUCUCCCCCUCCAUACACCUAUCAA